AUGGCGGACGCAGAGCUGCAGCCCGCAAGCGAAAGCGCGAAUCUGACGCUGGAGAGGCGGAAGCUCCCAUCAGGGAGGAAAAAAGAAAAGAACGCGGGGAAUGGCACCUCUGGCCCUGUCCGCUUACCAAUUUCUCUGGCUUCCCGAGUGAAAAAGGUGCUGAGGGAGUCCCGCAAGGACAAGAUCAUCUUCCUACACGGCAAAGAGAAGGGAGGGAACACCAAGUGCUGGUUUCCAAGGUGGUAUUUCUGCACCCAGGUAAAUGAGACCUCUGAGGACAAAGACGGUGAGGAUGCUGUUGUGAUUCUGGAGAAGACACCGUUCCAGGUGGAGCAAGUGGCACAGGUCCUGGCAGGCAGCCCUGAGCUGCAGCUACAGUUCUCCAAUGACAUCUAUAGCACUUUCCAGCUGUUCCCCCCACGCCCACUGACUGAUGUCAAGGCAACCGUAGUUUACCCAGCCACUGAGAAGCACCUCCAGAAGUACCUGCGCCAGGACCUCCGCCUGGUCUGCGAGACGGGUGCUGACUACAAGAGUGUCACUCUGCCACACCUGGAGACCCAGAGCCUGAGCGUCCAGUGGGUGUACAACAUCCUGGACAAGAAGGCUGAGGCCGACCGUAUCAUCUAUGAGAACCCAGACCCCGUGGAUGGCUUCGUCCUCAUCCCCGACCUCAAGUGGAACCAGAAGCAGCUUGAUGACCUUUACCUGAUUGCCAUCUGCCAUCGCCGUGGAGUCCGGUCACUACGGGACCUCACUGCAGAGCACCUGCCAUUGCUCAGAAACAUCCUCCAGGAGGGCCAGGACGCCAUCCAGCAGCGCUACCAGGUGCCGGCCGAUCGGCUGCGCGUGUACCUGCACUACCUGCCCUCCUACUACCAUCUGCACAUACACUUCACAGCCCUGGGCUUUGAGGCGCCUGGCACAGCCGUGGAGCGCGCACACCUGCUGGCGCAGGUUAUUGAGAACCUGGAGCAAGACCCUGCCUACUACCAGCAUCGCAGCCUCACCUUCGCCCUCAGGGCCGACGACCCUCUGCUCCAGCUCCUGCAGAAGGCCCAUGGCAGCAACUGAACAAGGGUGGGGGUGUCCCCAGGGAUUAUGGGGCCAGGCAGGGAGUUAGCACCCAGUAUCUUUUUAAAAAUAGAUGACUUAUUUUGUACUGACUCAGACUGUAUGUAUGUGUGAAUAAAUAUUGACUUAGUUUA